UAUUCUGCCCAAGCUUGAAAUUAAUUGUAAAACAUUACGUUUCCGGACACAGCCAACUUCAUAACGCUCUGAUUUUUUUUCUAAUUUGUACUGUCUUAUACAUUUCUUCUUCUUUGAAAAUCUUCCAAAUUUAUUCAGAACUAUGGACAAACCCGUUUAUGCACGCGUCAUUAAGGUUCUUGGUCGUACCGGCUCCCAGGGCCAAUGUACACAGGUGAAGGUGGAGUUCCUUGGCGAACAGAAUCGUCAGAUCAUUCGCAACGUCAAGGGGCCAGUUCGUGAAGGAGACAUCUUGACGCUGCUCGAAUCUGAGCGUGAGGCAAGGCGCUUGCGCUAGAGCAGAUUUUGGUUCAUGUUAAUGGAACUACCAAGAAAUGUGUACGGACCUCCAAGUUCUAAAGACAAAUUAAUCACAAUUAUGUACAUAUCAUAUCGGUUUCGCCUUGCGACCACUAUUUCAAAUACAACUCAAGCACUAUUCUGACUAGUAA